UCAGCUGAAAUACAGAGCUGAAGUAACAAAGACAAUUCAGCAUGUAGACUUUUUGAUUUGUUGGGAUAUUCCUGAAAAUAUUUGUCAAUCAUUUUGAUUAUAUAAUCAUAUAAAAACUUAAAAAGUGUGCACACUGGUUACAGUAAACAAAAUCUGCUUGAGUGAUCUGAUACACUAACAAUAAGCAUGGAAAGUAUACGUAAUCAAGCAAAGUGACGUGACAUGUGUGAGACACAGAGUGAGAAGACGAUUAGCGUUCAGUCACUCGUAUAAACUUGUUGAACGUAGAAGUCUUCGCUGUGUUGUUUUUUUGGUUUUUGUCUUGUCAUUUUAGCUAAUCUGUUGACAUUUCUACUCGAAUUUUUUUUGGAAAUACAAAAUUGUAUCUUUCGAUAUUGUUCAAAUUUGAUUGUUGUUGCAAACAGCAAGUUAUUGCGACUAAAAGUAGAAAAUAAUAAUUUCUAGUCAACAAAAUGGUUUUAAUACGACUUGUGCGCAAUAUUAGUUCUAGUCUACCGAAAAAUGUUGUACACCGUCAACAAUUAUCAUUUAGUUCGAUCGCAGCCAAACAUGGAUUUGAUUGGCAAGAUCCGUUUCAAUUGGAAUCAUGUUUAACGGAAGAGGAAAAAUCGAUACGAGAUACGAUGCGAUCCUAUUGCCAAGAGAAUUUGAUGCCAAGAAUAUUGGAUGCCAAUCGAAAUGAAGUCUUUGACAAGGCGAUAAUGACGGAAUUGGGGUCUCUGGGUAUCUUGGGAUGUACAAUUAAAGGCUAUAAUUGUGCGGGAAUUUCAAGCGUAGCUUAUGGCCUUAUAACUCGUGAGGUGGAACGUGUUGAUUCUGCCUAUCGGUCAGCUGUAAGUGUACAAAGCUCAUUGGCGAUGGGAGCAAUUUAUGAUUUUGGCAGCGAAGAACAGAAAAACAAAUAUCUACCAAUAAUGGCCAAAGGUGAAUUGAUUGGUUGUUUCGGUUUGACCGAGCCAAAUCACGGAAGUGAUCCAGCGGGUAUGGAAACCAAUGCCAAAUACGACAGCAAAACCAAAUCUUACAUAUUGAAUGGGUCAAAGACUUGGAUCACGAAUGCUCCGAUAUCGGAUAUAUGUGUGGUUUGGGCGCGUUGUGCGGACAAAAAAGUACGAGGUUUCAUCAUUGAUCGGUCUGAAAACUCCGAAGGGUUGUCAACGCCAACGAUUCAUGGGAAAUUCUCGUUGCGUGCAUCUGCCACUGGAAUGAUAUUGAUGAACGACUUGCGUGUUCCAGAGCAAAAUGUUCUACCGAACGUUGAAGGGCUGAAAGGUGCGUUGAGUUGUCUGACAAAUGCCCGUUUCGGCAUUGCAUGGGGCGCAUUGGGAGCAGCUGAAGCAUGUCUGCAAAUUGCUCGUGAUUACACCUUAGAUAGAAAGCAGUUCAAAAAGCCAUUGGCCGCAAAUCAACUGAUUCAGAAGAAAUUUGCAGACAUGAUAACCGAAAUUGGACUCGGUCUCAACGGUUGCAUACAAGCUGGCAGACUUAAGGAUGAGAAAAAAUUAACUCCAGAAUUAGUCUCACUACUGAAGCGAAACAACGCUGGAAAAUCACUGGACAUAGCGCGUAGUGCAAGAGACAUUCUCGGUGCAAACGGAAUUUCAGAUGAGUAUCACAUUAUCCGGCAUGUCAUGAACUUGGAGUCAGUCAACACAUAUGAAGGAACCCAUGAUAUUCAUGCAUUGAUUCUGGGCAGAGCAAUCACUGAUAUUGCUGCAUUUUAAUGACUUUUCGCUUCGGAAACUCUGACUUUUAUUAAAACUGCCAAAAAUAUGUAAAAAAAAUUGAAAAAUAAACCAAUUUCAUGUUGAAAACCAAAUUGCAAUAUUUAAAA